CUGUCCCUCCUCCUCCUUGAUUCUCUCUCCACUGCCGUCCGCCUUGGCACGGUUAUCCACAAACCUUCUCCGUCAAAUUACCUUCCCAUUUUCCGGGAAGCUCCAGCCUUCUGGAAUGGUGAAGAUUGUGGGUUUGAUCAGAUUCAUGUAGCCAUGACUCUUGACGCUAAUUAUUUGCGAGGAACCAUGGCUGCCGUCUUGUCCUUGUUGCAGCAUUCAACAUGUCCUGAAAAUCUCUCCUUCCAUUUUCUCACUGCUCAUUCCGAGAACGAGCUGGUUUUGAGCAUAAAAGCAACAUUUCCUUACCUGAAAUUUAAGAUAUAUCGAUUCGAGAGUAACCGAGUUCGAGGCAAGAUAUCAAAGUCGAUACGGCACGCGUUGGAUCAGCCUCUAAACUACGCGAGAAUAUAUCUUGCAGACAUAUUACCUCACAACGUGGAAAGGGUUAUUUACUUGGAUUCCGACCUUGUGGUGGUGGAUGAUAUAGCGAAGCUAUGGGAUGUGGAAAUGGAAAACAAGGUGGUGGCAGCGCCGGAAUAUUGCCAUGCAAACUUUUCGCAGUAUUUCACAAAUGCUUUCUGGUCAGACACAGAAAUGGCGAAGAUAUUUUCAGGGAGAAAGCCGUGUUAUUUCAAUACAGGAGUGAUGGUGAUUGAUGUGGAGAAAUGGAGAAGAGGUGGGUACACGCAGAAACUGGAGUUCUGGAUGGGGGUGCAGAAGAUGAAGAGGAUUUAUCAGUUGGGUUCUCUGCCCCCAUUUCUGCUUGUUUUUGCUGGGGAAAUGAAGGCGGUGAAUCAUAGAUGGAAUCAACAUGGAUUAGGUGGAGAUAACUUUGAAGGAAAAUGUAGGACUCUGCAUCCUGGUCCUAUUAGUCUCCUCCAUUGGAGUGGCAAGGGGAAGCCAUGGUUGAGGUUAGAUUCUAGGAAACCCUGCGUCGUUGAUUACCUCUGGGCUCCUUACGAUCUUUAUCGUUCAUCAAAGCACUCGUUAGAUGAGUAG